AUGAUCACUCCAGUUCCCCAAGAGGAGAAAGAAUCCCCCCCACAUUACCUACAGGAACAUUUGGCUGGAUAUCACUUUACUCAGGUCCAUCAGCUGCACAUCAAUUCAAAGGAUGUUUGCAAGAAGGGAUACUUUGUGGUUAUUUUCCCCAGGAACAAAUCCCCAAAAUUCAUUGGGCGUGUGGAAUCUAUAUGGAAGGGACAAUUCCCAAACCGCAAGACUUUAUACGUCAAAAUCACACGAUUUCAAGUUAAAUCCAUCGACCAGUUCUACAACAUGACCGCACUUGUAAAUGAGAAGACAAUUGAGUUUUAUUUGGCCUCAGUAGGUUCCUCAUCUCCUCUCCCUUAG